AGAUUCAACGAAAUUUCACGGUGGAAUAUGCAGCGAAUGCGGCUUACGUAACGUGUUCUUUUCAUUCCCAUCCCCUUUAGCGGGAAUAUGUGAAGACUCGAGGGAAAGGGUUUUCGGUCGUUCAGAUCUGUGGGGGACCUUCCGAUCUCAUGAUCAGCGGAUUCGCAGUAAUCGUUAUUUACUGCUCGUGAAGAAAAGGGACGAGAAGAGGUGUCAGCAUUUUGGUUAACGUCAGGGACAAAAAAUAGCAAAUAGAUCGAAAAAUCAAUGUGGAAAGAUCACAAUAAAAAGAGAAAGAUCAUAAUAAAAGGAAUUUUUUGUCGUUCUUGACGUGAAUGCAAAAACGCGAUGUCUUACACUCGUUAUCGAAUAAUGAACCCGCAGCGAGAGCACUUGGACUUUAAGUAUCCUUACAGCUGCUAUACAACAACCUGUCAUACGUCUGGCAUCAGGAAUCUUCGUCCCACAGUCUGCAGCAAUAGAAGUCAUGAAAAUUGGAAGUCGUCUAAUUUAAACAGAAAUAACAGUGAGAUAUAUAGAGAAGGCAGGAGCGAUCCGCCGUUUCCAGACUUGGACAUACAUAUGGGGAGAAUUGCGAAUGCACAUACGUACGAAUCGACGAGGCAUCAUAAAUCGGCGCCGGUGGUUUCGAUCGAGAGAAUGCAAAUUCGUCUAAAGCUCUUAGAAGACAGCAACGCAACGCUAUAUCUCAGAAACCGCGAUCUCGUCGCGGAAAACACGAACUUGGCGAAACGGCUGGAAGAAGAUGCAACUAAAAUGGAGAAACUGUUAGAGAAUGUAUCACUAUUGCAAAACAAACUUGAGAAACUCAAGCUGGCUGAUAUAUUAGCGAAACAAGCGAAACAUAAUGAGGUAUACUCGGAAAAUAAAUGCACCUCCUCGACGAAUAUAGUUUCCAAGACAAGUUGCGGAUUACAAAUUUGGGAAACCUGCAGAGAUUGCCAUGGAGAAUUGGAGGGAUGCCAAAGAGAAUCGCAGAUCACAAUCACGAAAUCGGAGUUUGAGUUACUAGAAAGGGAUAUGAGGACUUUGAGAGACGCCGUUAUCGCCCGGGAAGAAGCUUGGGAUAAAGCGGUGGAGCGCGAGCAGAAUUGCCAGCAACAAUUAGCACGACUGACCACGGAGGUGAUCACCGCGCGUCACCUUUGCGAAACUCGUCAGGACGAACUUCGCGCAGUUACGGAUACUUUGACGGAAAAAGAAUCGGAGCUGAAAAUAAUGCAGAAAGGAACGCUAUACCUGAACAAAUUAAUUGCGAAGCUGCACCUACGUCAGAAAGAGCUCGAAGAAUACGCGAGCAGUGGUGUAAGUUUUAAUAUUAGCGAGAGGGAUCAAAGAUGCAUCGAAGAGAUUGUGCGGCGCGUACGAAACUCUAAAAGCAAAUCAAAGACAAAGCCCAAGUGCACUUCGGAUAAAUACCCGCGUUCAAAUUCAAGCAGCCCUUGCGAGAAUAAGAACGGAUUGGAUCAGGCAGGUUCCUCGGAGGAUCAUCACAAAUUAAAUUUGUAAUUAUCGUUUUAUAAAUCAGCUUGUUAUUGUCUAUUUAUAUAAACUUACU